AUGCCAACACCAGCAAGGAACAACCAUGCCUCUAACAUGCAGAUUCAAGAACCAAGAAUAAGAUCUCCUCUUCCUCCUUCUCCAAUUGCCUUUAAGGAACAACAAGGUAGACCACCUGCCACCACACAACAAACAAUAACCGGAAAACUCUUUAGAAACCUCUUCAAGGGUCUCCUCUUCUCACAACUAACCCUAAUCUCACUCUUAGUGAUUGUCCUCACCAUUCGAGGUCUAAUCUUAGCAAGUUCACACCAUUUCCACCCCAAGAAAUGGUAUCCUCCUUUACUAGCAUCUGUAGCCGUCUCAGGAGUUUCAUCUUUAGCCUUGCAAUGUAUCUUUAUCUACACUCCAUCAAGAGCAGUCAGAGCAACGUUCUGGCUUAGCCCUAUACUCACCUGCUCGGUUGGUAUCUUGCUUGUUCUGAUCGGCUCCGCGGUAGAUGCAGGGAUCGGUGCUGUCUUUGUGCUUUUCGCAAUUACUCAGUCUCUGUACGGUUGCUGGAUCACUCCAAGGCUUGAAUAUACUGACAAGAUUUUAUCACUCUCCACAUCUUUUCCACCUGCAAAAACCAGAGAAGUAGUCACUUUAUCAAUUGUCAUAAGUGUGGUUUACUCUGGCUUCUUGGUGACUGGAAUCGGAGGUGCAACUUCCACUAGAACAAGUCUUGAUCUCUUGUUCAUAUCUCUAAUCUUGAUAAGCUUAGCAUGGACUAUGCAAGUUCUCAAGAAUGUACAACAAGUUGCUAUCUCGCGUGCAAGAUACGUAAACUUUGCGUAUGGAGAAGAGAUGGAUGCUUGGAGUGCGUUACACGUCACUGUGAAACAUUUGAUAGGGAGCAUAUGCAUUGGGUCAACGCUUGUUCCAAUCAUUGUACUCAUCAGAGGAAUGAUCAGAAGCGUUAAUCUAAUGUCAGGGAGUAGUGAUGAGGUUAUGUAUUCAGGUGCUGACUGCUUCUCCACCCUUGCCAACAAGAUUGUUGUGUGUGGAAACAGAUGGGGUUUUGUACAUGUUGGAACUUAUGACAAAGGGUUCGUGGAGGCUUCGAGUGAUACAUGGAAGAAGUUUAGAAGUGUAAAUGAUUUAGAGAAAGUGAUUGAUUCGGAUCUCACUAGCUCCUUGUGUUUCCUCAGUGCUGUUUCUGUUGGUGCAGUGUCUUCAUUGACUGCUGGAAUAUGGAUGUUGUUAAUCCACAAGGAAUAUGCUCUUGAAGUAACACUCUAUGCUUUCAUUAUUGGAUAUUAUAUGGGAAGGGUAGGUUUGGCGUGGCUACAAGCAUGUGUGUUGUCUUACUACGUAGCUUACUCUGAAGAUCCACAGAGCAUGAGGUUUGAUGGUACAGUUCCACAACGUAUUCAGCGUCUUCAGAUGUUAAGGGCUCACCGAGAGAACAGGGAGCAUGAGGUGGGGAGGGAGAGACAAGAUACUGAUGAGUCUCUAUGAGAUUUGUUACAAACAUGUAAAGAAAAACAAGGAUUAGUAUCUUUAUUUUUAUUUUCUUUCUUCAAAGACUUUAGAUUGUAUUGAUAGGGAAAGUUAGAUUCAACA